AUGCAAUAUCCUACCACCCCAUCAUCUCACCACGGACACACUGUUCCGCGUACUCCGCCAUCGCAGACCGGCCGGCAUCACCACAACGGCCAGCUACCGACUCCAGGGGCACCCUACAUGUUUGCAGCGGUGCUGCCGCAGAGUGCACUGGCGCCUGGCCAUACUGGGCUUCCACCGACGCCGUACAUGCCCACUGUUCCACUCCCUAUUCAACACAACAGCACCGGCCUACUUACUCCUCCCGAGAGCCCGGUCAGCAGGUCGCGGAGUCUGACAGCCCUGAACGACCAUCUCUUCCGCCCGAACUAUACCUACGACAUGCGUUACGACGUCGACCACGCUGGCCUGCGUUCUGCUCUGCAGGAGCAUGCUACCAUUCCUGCAACCGGGCAGCUUGCCGUCCUAGUCCAACUCGAUCAGCGCAUGCUUACCAUUAAUAUUGGCGACGGGAGGGCCGCUCUCACUGUCAGAGAUGUCCUACACCGUCUCCACAGGGAACUGACCAAGAUUCUUCCCAACGGAGGCACCCUUCUCCAGCUUAUCGGCAGGCGUUAUAUCUUUGACGGCCUAGAGCCUAGCGGAGGCAAUACUUUCACUCUCAAGCUCAGACGUUAAGCGCCACGCGAAGGACUGUGCUUGCCGCUAUCACUCUAGCUCACGAAAGCAAGGGAAGUAUGGAUAGCAUCGCAUUAACGAAUCCUUCGUUGGACAUAACGGUGUACCUCUCAGGUUUGUAGUACAUCUCAUAUCAUCUUCUCACGUAUACUGCUUCGCAACUCAGCUGUAUUGACUAGCUUUUUGUAUCGCUACUCCGUAGUGUAGAUUCCUCUCCGCGUUCCUGUUCCUCGCGUCCUUCCACCGUCUUCCUCAUUCGCUAUCGUUGCGUCGGAUACUGGUUUCUCUCCC